AUGGCAACACUAAAUUACUUCCACCAACACUGUUACAUAGAGAGAUCAUGCAAUGCCUCUUUCAUUGCCUUGAUACCUAAGAAGAAGGGAUCUAUUGAGCUUAUGGAAUACAUACCAAUAAGCCUUAUUGGUAGUGUUUAUAAGAUUGUGGCCAAGGUGUUAGCAGAGAGAUUGAAAAAGGUUAUUGGGAAGCUGGUUUCUUCUCAUCAAAAUGCUUUCAUUAAACACAGACAUAUUACUGAUGCAGCUCUCAUAGCUAAUAAAGGUCGUGAUGGUUUCUUUUCACCUCAGAAAGGAAUUAGGCAAGGGGAUCCUCUUUUUCCCUUCUUAUUCAUACUGGCCAUGGAGGGUUUAAGUAAAAUGAUGGAAAAAGACAGACAGAUGCAAUGGAUUCAAGGAUUCAGUGUAGGCACAAACACUGAAAACUCAGUCACUAUCUCCCAUUUAUUAUAUGCUCAUGACACACUGAUCUUCUGUGAGGCAAAUAUAUUCCAAAUCCUGUACCUGAAUCUUACACUCCAGCUAUUUGAAGCAUUAUCAGGACUUUACAUCAACAAGCAGAAAAGUAUUAUAUAUCCAGUUAAUCAUGUGAGCAACAUUGAGGAGUUGGCAGGGAUCAUCGGUUGCAGCAUAGGGUCAUUGCCUACUACCUAUUUGGGUCUUCCAUUGGGAUCUAAAUUCAAAAGCUAUGAUAUCUGGAAUGGUGUAGUGGAGAACUUUGAGAAAAGACUGACUUCAUGGCAACAACAAUACCUUUCUAUGGGAGGAAGACUCACUCUCAUCAGUAGUGUGCUUGACAAUAUACCCACUUAUUUUAUGUCAUUGUUUUCCAUCCCUAAAAAGGUACUUAAAUGGCUGGACAAGAUCAAGAGGGACUUUCUAUGGGAAGGAAACAACAGCUCUCACAAGUAUCACUUGAUUAAAUGGGAUAAGGUCUUGCAACCUAAAUGCAAAGGUGGACUGGGGGUCAGAUAUCUAGACAAGCACAAUAAAGGUUUGCUAAUGAAAUGGCUAUGGAGAAAUGGCACAUGUAAACCAAGUCUAUGGAAAGAGGUGAUCAAUGCAAAACAUGGGAUUAAAGACAAUUGGAGCACCAAAAUUGUCGGUGCAUCCCAUGGAGUAGGGCCCUAG